AUGAUUAAUUUGAGGGUAGAAGAGAUCUAUGAGCGGCUUGCCUCCGUAAUGGCCGCUCUGCCGCUGCAUGUGGCCGUGCGCCCCCAUGGGAUAAGUAAGCAUAUGCUCCUCGAACGUUUCGAGAACAACAGAAAGGCUGACAGCGAGCUUUUCAAGAAGCAAGAGCAGACACAGCCAGCGUUCACGGAAGAGGCCUCAGAUGAUACCUCGUCCAGUGCCUCUCCUGAAAGUGACACCGACGACAUCCAGGCAGCUAAUCUUGGCGCAGUUGGGAGCGAAAAAGUCCAGAUACUCGACGGCAUCCCCCGGUCCCGCAAGGCUGCUGAUAAGCGUGCUUUGAAGGAGGCCAUUGCAGCUAAGAAGGAACGGGAACAGGCGAUUGCUGCGGCCGCUAAGGGAGACCGGGCCGCGAUGGACAGCGUCGUUGACAAAGAGUACGACGUGGCAAUGCGGCGGGCGUCUGGUAAAAAGGUGCGCGACGACCCCGCGCGGAUUCGUAAGUCGAUGAGGAACAAUCAAGGCAGGCGGCCCCGGGGGAAAGCAGCUUCAAAGCCCCAGAAGCCGAAGUUCCCCAUGAAGUCCCAGGCGGGGUUCGGAAGAGGCCCGAAGUGA